UGAUUAUCUUUCAUUAUCAUCACUCUAACGAGGUUUGGCUUAAAUACGAAGUAGUGCAAUUAUGUGAUUCAUUGCCGAAAUUAUGUUGCUUCCGAGCACAACGGAACUGUUCACGGUGGUGGCAUUGGUUGGUAUACAGCUCACCCACCAGUACUUCUACAAUGGCAUCAAGUCCGGACUGGAACCCGAUCUGAAGCAUUCCCUCUUUCUCGAUCGCAUCGGUCAGUGUCGGUGGCAACGCGAUCUGGCAAUUUUUCUCGCCGAUAUGCGACUCGUUCAGCGCAAUCACACGCAUUACGUGAUGAGCGGUGUACUGCGGAUUCGGCGUAACAUUACCGAACCAACUAUGGCUACCGUAUCGAUUGAAAUUUGUCAAAAUACAACCCACUGCAGACCGUUUGUCGAUCCACCGGUUAACAUUGGAGAUCUGUGCAAGUUUCUUUGUGAGCAGCGUAACAGUUCGCUGGGUGAAGUGUUAGGACGCAGUGUACCACCCAUAGAGUGUCCCUUUACCAAGGGUGUUUAUCGGAUCAACGAUGCACUGCUGGACUACAAACCAUUUCGGUAGCAAUAGCUUCACCAAUAAUCGAUUGAUUUUUAAAGGAAAUCUUUCUGUUUCAGAUACUUUUCACCGCAUGUAAGUAAACUUUGGCGAAUAGAUUUUGUGGGCGAAAGCGACCAGAAGCGAGUGUUCUGUGUGAGAAUCGAUCUGUAUGUCUACAGCUGGGAAGAUAUGCUUCCAAGAUACUAAAAGGAGGGUGUGCCUUAGGGAGCAUGCAAAGAAAAUAAACUUGUCAUUCUUU